AUGGUUCCACAGUUGGGAGAUCACAUCUGCAACCCAACCUCACCUGCAACAUCAAAUGGCAGGUUUGUUGCCCAGAACAACUCAACCCCCAAUUUCAACUCUACUGCUUCCACACCCGGCUUCUCCUCCAACAAUGUGGUACCAAGACCAUUGCCUGCAAACUCAAGGUUGACACCUGGCCCUCAUGAUGGCUUUGAACCUGGUGAGAUUGGCAAAGCAAAUAGCCACACCCCUGAGGAUGAUGAUGACAACCACUUUGUCAACACGGACAAAAAAGGCAAGUGUGUUCCAUCUUUGCUUUCAGAGGCCCAAAAAAGACUCAAGCACUGA